AUGGUUGGUUGCAAUAGGGAAGAGGCCUUAAGGGCCAGGGAAAUUGCUGUGAAGAAGAUGGAAAAUAAAGAUUUUUUUGGUGCCCAGAAGAUUGUGCUUAAAGCUCAAAAGCUUUUUCCAGAGCUUGAGAAUGUGUCUCAACUGUUAACCAUCUGCAGUGUGCACUGUGCAGCAGAGUUAAGGGUGAAUGGAGAGAUGGACUUCUAUGGAGUCCUUCAAGUGGAGGAAGGAGCUGACAAAACCUUGAUAAAAAAGCAGUACCGCAAGCUUGCAUUUUCACUUCACCCUGAUAAAAAUUGUUUUGCGGGUGCUGAGGCAGCUUUCAAGUUGGUUGCCGAAGCUCAUUCUGUACUAUGUGAUACUGCAAAGCGAAAUGAUUAUGACCUGAAAAGGAGGAAUGGAUUUAGAAAUGUGCCAAAGUCAGCCAAACAGCAGCCAUCAAAGAAGACUGAUUCACAUAAACAGAGCAUGCCUGGAUCUAGAGAAACAUUUUGGACUAUAUGCUCAAAUUGUCAGAUCCAAUACCAGUACUACAGCAAUAUCUUGAACACCAUGGUCCGCUGUCUGAACUGUAAAAGGAAUUUUUUUGCAUACAAGCUGAAUCAACAGCCCAUGUCCACUUCAAGUGUCAACAGCUCCCAAGUUCCUGCAAGCAGGUUUGCGAAUAAACAACGUGACACUCCCAAUCAACAAGGUCACCCUAUGAAUCCUUCAUCUGUAGGUAGAGGCACCAAUGUGAAGCCAAAUGGUUCCCAAGACCCUGCACACAUGUUUCGAAAUCAACAGCAUGGUGUUUACAGUCAACAUGGCCAUCCUGUGAAGCCUUCUGCAGGCAGAGACACAGAUGCAAAGCUGAGGAUGAAUGUGGCCCAGCGUGAUGAAUACAUGAAAGGGAAAGCUAAUGACCCAGAGGUGUUGAGGGGGAAAUUUCAAUCUUCAACGCUGAAUCAAGAUAAAUCUUCUGUCUCUAUGGGAAAUGGGGACAUGCAAGGAAGGCCACCAAUUUCAGAUCCUGCUGAUCCAAACAUUGUCAACACACAGAAAUCAGUUCAGGAAGAUGCGUCUGCAGUGCCGGAUGCUAUGGAUCUGCCUGGUUCUGCAAAGCCUUCUUCUGCAGGUGGGAAAAUAGAUGGAGAUGCAAGGAUAAAUGUUGCAGGUAGUAGAUUGAUGCCAGAUCCUGUUGAUCUAAAUAUUACUGGCAGAAGAAAUUUGCAUAGACAAGAUGCAUCUACAGUGCCUACUGGUGCCGGAUCCUCUGGUACCCAAAGCUCAGUUAAGAGAAAGACGUAUGCUGAUGGCAAUGUUUGCCUGGACACGGAUACCAACAAGAGGCCAAUGAAAAAUAAUAUUCCAUCUGAUGUUAACAUGAGUUGUAAACAAGUAUGUGAUGAUGGUGUCACUAAUGCUCGCAUACAAUCAGAUCCACCUCAUGUGUCCGGCGGCAAUGUAGACACCCAACAAAAGCCAAAAGUUGCUGAUAUAAGUGAUCAUCAGGUAAAUAUCAAGGAAAAAGCUACUGAAACUGAUAGUGAUCAGGACAAUAUCAUGGAAGAAGCUCCUCAAACUGUUAGUAAAAACGUAAAUAUCAAGGAAAAAGCUACUGAAACUGAUAGCGAUCAGGACAAUAUCAUGGAAGAAGCUCCUCAAACUGUUAGCGAAAAGAAGCCUUCUUACUCUGAACAGGUCACCCUCCCUGAUCCAGAUUUCUUCAAUUUUGAGAAGAUCAAGGAUAUCAAUGUGUUCGAAGUUGGUCAGAUAUGGGCCCUCUAUGAUAACCUUGAUGGCAUGCCAAGGUAUUAUGCUCGUAUAAAGCAUUUUGAUGCCUCCAACUUCAAAAUACAUUUAACUUGGCUGGAGUACAUUGCGAUGGAUGAAGAUGAGGAGAACUGGACUGAUGAAGAACUGCCUACUGCUUGUGGAAACUUUCGCCUUGGGAAAGGAACUGACAUAUCAGAAGACAAGGAAAUGUUUUCUCACAUUGCUUCUUGGACAAAAGGUAAAAAGAGGAAUUCAUAUGUCAUAUAUCCUAACAAGGGUGAGGUGUGGGCUCUUCACAAGGGGUGGAGCAUGGAAUGGAGCUCAGAUGCAGAUAAUCAUAGAUCAUAUGAGUAUGAGGUUGUGGAAGUCGUGUCAAGUAUGUCAGCCAAUGGUGGCGCCACUGUUAUCCCACUGGUUAGGAUUGAGGGAUUCGUUUGUUUAUUUGCAACAGCUAAAGACAAAUCCUCAUUUGUGAUACCAUCUAGUGAGCUGCUCCGAUUUUCUCACAGAAUCCCUUUUUAUAGGACAAAAGGAAAUGAAAAGGUUGGUGUUCCAAGAGGAUUUCUGGAACUGGACAAUGCAUGUCUCCCUGCUGACCUGGAUGCAGCAUUUUCCUCUGUUACUCUUGACUCUUACAUGUCUCUCAGCAAGAAAGAAAGCAGCACAUCUGUUAAUGUGACCACUGACAAUACAAGUUGUAGAAUGGAUCUGGGAGAUGAUCAAAUUGCUCAAAAGGAGAAUCACCGUGAAGAGCAUAUUGGCCACCCCCACCCAAUGCCUACAGACAAUCCUAAAGAUUUGUGCCUGGAACAAAAUACACCCUUAAAGAAAACUGCUGGUGAUGCCAAUGAAUUUAGUGAUUGCUCUCUUCAAGGCAGCCUCUCCCCCAACAUAUACACAUAUCCUGAUUCUGAUUUCCACAAAUUUGAAGAAGGUCGCUCCUGUGAGAAGUUUGAACGUGGACAAGUAUGGGCCUUGUACAAUGAUAUUGAUAAACUUCCCAAGUUCUAUGCCUGUAUAAAAAAAGUCAGGGAAGAGCCUUUUAGAGUUGAGGUGAUCUGGCUUGAGGCUUGCCCGAAACAGGAUCAGGAGAAACAGUGGUUGAAGCAGGACAUACCCAUCAGCUGUGGCACAUUCAAAAUCCUAAAAUGGAGAGCUGAGUAUGACACAAGCGAUACCUUCUCUCAUCGGGUAUAUUUUAGAGAAACUGGCAAAAAGCGGGAGCUUGAAAUCCUCCCACAGGUUGGCGAUAUCUGGGCUGUCUACAUGAACUGGGCACCUGACUGGGUUCCAUGCAGUGUUGAUGCCUGUGAGUUUGCUAUCUGCGAGGUCGUCGAGUGCACUGAAGCUAGCACAAAGCUCACCUUCCUGGCCCAAGUCAGCGGCUACCGAUCCGUGUUCAAGCCUGACAAGCAAAGGGGAGUGCUGGAGGUACCUGCCGGGGAGGAGCUGAGGUUCUCCCACCAGAUACCCUAUUUCCGCCUGACGGGAGAGGGAGGCGGCAGUCUCCGUGGCUUCUACGAGCUUGACCCUGCUUCCGUCCCCGAUGCCUUCCUGUAUGGGGACACCUGA